AUGUAUACAUUCUUCAAAAAUGAAGAUGCACAAGCUGUACUCGACUACUUUGAGCGCCAACAAGCAGAUAACCCAUCGUUCUUCUAUUCUAUCCAAGUUGACUCAGAAGGCCAGAUGACAAAUUUCUUUUGGGCUGAUGCCAAAUCACGAAUGGAUUAUUUUCACUUUGGUGAUGUUGUGUGUUUCGAUCCUACUUACUGUACAAACAGACUAGCGGCUAAGCAUUUAUCUCACAUUAUUAACGCACAUGCUGAUUUUACUUCUGAUUUUAAUAAAUGUUUGUAUGGUAAUGAGACAAUUGAGGAGUUUGAAUCUGCUUGGGAAUCGAUGCUUAGAACAUAUGAAUUAGAGGAUAACAAAUGGUUGCUGGAUUUGUACAAAAGAAAAGAAAAAUGGGCAUCAGUUUAUACACGUGAUAUAUUUUGUGCGGAUAUGUAUACAACUCAGAGAAGCGAAAGUAUAAAUGUUUAUUUUGAUCAUUUUAUGAAAAGACAUAUGCCACUAUGUGAGUUCAUUAGGCAAUUUGACAGGGCAAUAUUGGCUAGACGAGAAGCUGAAAACGAUCAAGAUUACGAAACAAAAUAUAGAAAACCCAUGUUAAAGUUUUCCGUGAAUAUAGAAAAUCAAGAGGCAUUGGAUAUUUACACAAAGUCAGUCUUCCGCAAGUUCCAAGAACAACUAGCUCAAGCACUUCAUUAUAAUCAGGAUCAAGUUGAACAAAAUGGGACAAAAUUCACUUUUCGUGUUUGGCGGUUUGGGCACGAGAAGAAAAACCGAAAAGUUGUAUACGAUUCUGAUGACAAGAGCGUCAAAUGUAGUUGCCAGUUAUAUGAGUUUGCGGGCUACCUGUGUAGACAUAUCUUAAAGAUUUUCUCUGUUGUGAAUGUGCAAAGUAUUCCACCUCGAUACAUACUAAAAAGGUGGACGUCUGAUGCAAAAUCUGGUUCUGUGAUUUAUGAUCAAGGUGAAGAAAUUACAGAUAUCUGUCGUGAUACUACUAGUGUUCGAUACAGUUACCUUUGUCAAGAAGCUAUUAACAUUGCGAUUAAAGGUUCAACAACCACUGAAAUGUACAAUGUGACAAAGUGCAUUCUUGAUAAAGCACUGAAAGAAGUUGACUAUGCUAUGAGAAAUUUGUCGAUUAAGUCUAAGGAUCAGACCAUGCAAACAAGAGACGAAGAAUGUCUAGAGAAUACAUCUAUGGCUAAAAAGCAGUUGAUACGUGAUCUCACUAUCGCCAAAACUAAAGGGAGGACAGGUAGGAUGAAGGCGUGUAUUGAUAAACGAGUUAACAAGAAACAAAAAGCUACCAGUCCAGCUACAGAUAAAACAUUAAAAUAUUCUGCUAGACGCGGUAAAUCUAAGAAAAGUAUGACAUCUCAAAAACCAAGUCCUACACCAGGAAAAACAAAAGCGACACAGAGUAGUCAGGCAAAGAAUCAUCUGGCAGAAAACUUUGUUCACAAGUAUGUUUCUGUUUCUAAUGGAGGAAACAAACUUAGCUAG